AUGAAGAAAGGACUAGGUUGUUGCACCAGGGGGAGGAAAAUUAGCAUUGAUCAUGAUCAAGAAAGAAUCAUGACAUAUAAGGGUCUUGAGAGUUGCAUUCUAAAUAACCAAUCUUAUGAAGAGGAAAGCAGAACUAGUAGAGGUGAUGGAUGCAUAACUGAUUCAUUUGAUGAAGAUGAUUCAAGCUGUUCUUCAAGCAAAGAUGCUUUUGGAUCAUUCUCUUCGAAAUGUUUAACAAUGAAAAGGGAGGAUGAACAAGGACUUGAAGAAUGGGAACUCUCUGAAAGUCCUCAACAGUUUUAUGUCAAAGAGAAACCUUAUGCAAUUCAACAUUCAGAUAUUGAAGCCAUGAAGGAAAAGUUUUCAAAGCUAUUACUUGGUGAAGAUGUUACAGGAGGAACUAAGGGCAUCGCUACCGCUUUGGCACUGUCUAAUGCCAUCACAAACCUAGCAGUUACUGUUUUUGGUGAGCUUUGGAAAUUGGAGCCUUUAUCUGAAGAAAGGAAGUGCAAAUGGCGGAGAGAAUUGGAUUGGUUAUUGUCUCCUACUAACUAUAUGGUUGAGCUAGUUCCUGCUAAGCAAAACAAUGCUAAUGGCCGGAUCUUUGAGAUCAUGACACCGAAAGCCCGUGCAGACAUUCAUAUGAAUCUUCCAGCACUCCAGAAAUUGGACUCUAUGCUUAUCGAGGCACUUGAUUCGAUGGUGAAAACAGAGUUUUGGUAUGCAGAGGGAGGAAGCCGGACCGAAGGGAAAGACACUAGUGAGCAACAUAGUAAAAGAUGGUGGCUUCCAUCUCCUCAAGUGCCUAAGACUGGUCUUUCUGACACCGAAAGAAAGAGGCUGGUUCAUCAGGGAAGGGUGGUUCAUCAAGUAUUCAAGGCUGCCAAAUCUAUCAAUGAAAAUGUGUUGCUUGAAAUGCCUGUGCCGGGAGUUAUUAAAGAUGCACUUUCAAAGUCAGGAAAGGCAAACCUUGGACUAGAACUGCACAAGGUUUUGACAACUGAAUCAAGCUGCGGAGAAGACAUCCUUAAAUCUCUGAAUUUGAAAUCUGAACAUAUGGCUCUCGAGACCAUUAAUAAAUUGGAAGCUGUUAUAUUCUCUUUGAAAGAGAGGACUGUGGAACAAGUCACUGGAAAAUCACCAGCUAGAACCUCAUGGUCUUUUGUGAAGGGCCCUUUGUCAGAAGUUGAUAAAACAGAGUUAUUAUUGGAUCGCGCCGAAACACUGUUACAGCUGCUUAAAAUCAGAUACCCCAACCUUCCUCAAACAUUUCUUGAUGCUGCUAAAGUACAAUAUGGCAAGGAUAUUGGACAUUCGAUUCUGGAAGCUUAUUCCAGAGUUCUUGGAAAUUUAGCAUUCAGCAUACUAACUAGAAUUGGAGAUAUAUUGCAAGAGGAUUCUCUAAGCAAUUCUGGUUCACUAAGUUCCUCUCCUGGAACAAAUAUCUCUGAAACUUGGAUGACGGAUUCACAUAUUAGGCAAUCCUUACUUCAAAAGAUGAACAAAGCAGAUGGUCAAUCUCGCAACAGUACUUCAGAUUUUGAACAUGAAUCUUUUGAUGCCAAAUCCAAGGAUGUAAUAACAACUACACCAAGCAGGAGUAGUGUUUGGUGCAUUAGUAGAGAGGCUUGUGCAAGUUUGUCUACUCCAAAUUCUCCAUAG